AGCCGUGGACGGUAAGUUGAAUAGUGUAAAUCAAAGCCAUGGCUGCCCCAGAUGGGGAGGCUCGGGUGCUGGCGACCGCGCAGCACAUCGUGAAAGCUCUGGGAACCACAGACACUAUGACGGAUGACAUGCUGCAUAUUUUAUCCAAGUUUGAUCAUCGAUUCUCCAGCAUGAAUGCGAAAGAGGACGUUACUCCGGAACCAUCAAGCUCGCAUGAUUCGGACGUUGAAGAUUAUCCCCCUCGGACCAACAGAUCAACCGCUCGGAAUUCCACCGUCCGAAAUUCCAGCCAAACAAGAGCUAACAACUUCGCGUUGGAUGCAGCACAAAAUGUGAUAUCGCAAUGGACCAAUGGUUAUUCAGACAGAAGUGGAUCUGUACAAGCUGGACAGAAGUGGAUCUUUGAGGGUUCCGAAGAAGAUUCGUUACAAUUUCUGCAAGCAGUAGACGAGAUCGUCCAUCAAUUAGAUUUUAUGAAAAUUCAUAAUCGAGAUCCUGGGACCCUGGAGCGAGCUCAAAACCUACAUCAUUUGGCUCUUCAAAAACUACUGGAAGAGUUUCGAUACAUGUUGGACAAGUACAGCGAAAAAGUGGACCCGGAUUGGUUGUUGGAUUUGCUAUCCGCCGGGUACUUUAGAGCUCCUGCAAAUGAUGCAGUUGAUCCGGAGUCGGGAAGCUCCGACGGUGAAGACGACGAAGAUGAGGAUGUUCCCGUGGCUUAUCCAGUGGAUAAAAUUGAAACUUCAGUAGAUUUGGUUCCCCCACAAGUUGCAGCUGAUCUUGCUGACAUUGCGAAACGCUUGAUUGGGGGAGAGUAUAAAAGGGAGUGCACGGAUAUGUAUGUGAAGAAAAGGAAGGUCAUAUUAGAGGGAAGUUUAUAUGAGCUGGGAGUCGAAAGAGUGACAAUUGACGAGGUGCAGAAAAUGCAAUGGGAAGUUCAGGAAGACAGAAUCAAGAAAUGGAACCAGGCCAUGAAUGUAGGGGUGAAGGUGCUGUUUGCCAGCGAAAAGCAGCUUUGUGAUGAGUUAUUUCCACUAUCCCUGAGUGAGAACAUUUUCAAUGAAAUCGGGAAAGGAGCUAUGAUGCAACUCCUGAGCUUCGGGGAGGCUAUAGCUAUUAGUCGGCGGUCUCCUGAGAAGCUUUUCAAAGUUCUUGAUAUGUAUGAAGUAUUACGAGACAUCCUUCCCGAAUUGGAUGUCGUUUUCGCCGGAGCUUCUGGUGCAAGUGUAAGGUCAGAAGCCGAAGGAAUUCUAAUGCGUUUAGGAGAAGCGGCAAGAGGAACCUUUGGUGAAUUUGAAAAUGCCAUUCAGAGAGAUGCUUCGAAGACUCCAGUUUUGGGAGGAGCCGUGCACCCACUUAACCGGUAUGUGAUGAAUUACAUCAAAUUAUUGUGUGAUUAUACCGAAACUUUAAAGCUGCUUUUUGGGAAAAAAAAGGAGGUUCCAAAGUUGUUAGGGGAUGAUCCCGAGUUGCCUGGGUACGGAGACGAUUACAGAGGGGGCAGAGAAGAGCUUUCACCCUUAGCUGUGCAGAUCAACUGGUUGAUGCACGUUCUCCAGAACAAUUUAGAGACGAAAUCAAAAAUUCACAAGGAUCCCGCGUUGAGCAGCUUAUUUUUGAUGAACAACGUCCAUUACAUGGUUCAGAAGGUGAAAGACUCUGAGGUUAGGGCGUUGAUUGGAGAUGACUGGGUCAAAAAGCACACCAGCAUGUUGCGUCAGUAUGCCACAAACUAUCAGAGGGCUGCUUGGAGCAAGGUCUUAUCAUUUUUGAAAGAUGAAGGAAUCCAGAGCUCGGGCGGAUCUAGUAAUAUUUCUCGAGCAAUUCUGAAGGACAGAUUCAAGAAUUUCAAUGCUGCUUUCGAUGACGCCCACCGUAUACAAUCACAAUGGGUUGUGUACGGCGAUGAGUUGCGUGACGAAUUGAGGAUUUCCAUCGCUGAUAAGUUGCUCCCAGCUUAUCGAGCUUUUGUUGGGCGUUAUAGGAACUUCAUAGAAAAUGGACGGCAUCCAGACAAGUACAUCAAGUACCAAGUUGAAGAUCUUGAGGUUUAUAUUGGUGAUUUUUUUUCAGGAAAUUCUCCAAGUAUUAAUUCUAGGAGAAAAUCGUUUUCAAGUCAAUGAUUUCAAGUCGCUACCAACAAAUAGGGAUAAUUCUUUUACAGGGUAGACAUGGCUCAGUGUUCAGAGGCUUAAGACUCAAGUUUUUCUUCAAUCUUCACAACUCGGAAAGUUCCAUAUUUAUCAAUACUUCCUACUUGUGAAAGUUACCAGACGUUGUAGUCCCUGUCGAUAAUAUGCACAUUCGCUAGACUAUCCUGUUGCAGUUGCUCAGAAUCUGAAAGCCGGCUUGAGCAAUUCUGUGACACUCAGUGUAGGAGUUACUAGUUGUAGAGGUGACCGACUAGAUCAUUGUUUCGAGUUUUAGAAAUCCUGUUACACUUGGAAUAGAACUUCUGCUAAUCCUUUACCAUUAUAUCCUCCUUGCGUGUUUUUUAUGCCCAGGUUAGAGUAGAAGUUUGGCUGGGUUUCUACAUAGUGUGUAUUUACUGUAUUUUAGUGUGUUGGAAAUUAUUUUCUACCCAUGGCAGAGAUUACGCUGUCCGGUUAUGUCAUUUACCUGAAAUAGCAGAUGUAGUGAGUAUGUAA